GCCACCUUGACAGGUUGUAAAUUGUGCCAUGAGUCCUGGAUAAUUUAAUCUUCCAGUUCCCUUUGGAUCCCUGUGGUAGUGAUAGGAACGUGUGGAUAAUUCCAGGGUCCUUGAGAUAAACAGAAGACAUAAAAUUACCCCAGGAAUUAGAAAGAUUAUCAAAGAGUGUAAAGAGUAGAGGGAGCAAAAUUCUCACUACACCCUUUGGACUGCAGUCAAAUUCAGUAAGUACUUCAUCCCAGUGAGGCAGGAAUACGAGGGAGGAUGAUGCCAGUUCAUCACCGGUCACUAUCCACACAUUCAUGCCCUCAUUCGCACCUAGGGACAAUUUACAGUAGCCAGUAUGUUUCAAAGAGGUGAGAAGAAACCCAGGCAAGCAAGCACAGGGUUGCCCCUGGAGCUGAGAUGCCAGAAUGGUGGUACCCUUACACCACUAUUCAGCUUUCUGGGAGGAGAGAAGAUGGUCCAAGAAAAAAUGACUGGUUGCUUAUUCAGGACACUUGGAAUCAUCUCUAAUUGCAUAAUAACAACACAACCCCAAUUUCUGCGCUUCACACUGAAAUAUUCUCUGUAAUAAAGCAAAUCUGGCUUUAACUGCAAAGUAAAAGGAAUCGCUUUUAGUGCCAAAUUUUGGACUCUGGGGCCGUCUGAGUGGGAGGAGCUUAAAGUCGCAAGAUGGUCGCACCGACCGAGCAGAGAGACUAAAGUUCACACCUCGGUUCUUCCUGAUACGUUCCUUCAGAUCUUUGCUGAAGAUCCGUUUGCUGUAAAAAUGCCCGGAGCCGAGAUGACCGAGGAUCCUGCACUCUUUACCCCAGUCACGGUGGUUUCUCUUCUCGCCUGCGCCGCCCAGUUUGCAGUCGGUUUCAUUCUGGCGCAAAUCUGGGGCAAAAAAUGCUCAGCCGCCGAUAAAUGGGUCCUCGUCUGGUUGUUCUACGACGCCAUCGUCCACUUUACUCUGGAGGGUCCGUUUGUUUACAUGUCACUGGUCGGAACUGUCGCAACAUCAGAUGGUAUUUUUGCCGAGUUGUGGAAAGAAUACGGGAAGGCAGAUCAACGCUGGCUUCAUUCAGACCCAACCAUCGUAUCCCUGGAGAUGCUGACAGUCGUCUUGGAUGGGUUCCUAGCACUGCUUUUGGUCUACGCUAUUAUUAAAGACAAGCAUUACAGGCACUUUGUUCAAAUCAGCCUGUGUGUGUGUGAGCUAUAUGGAGGCUGGAUGACCUUCUGCCCAGACUGGCUAAUAGGAAGUCCCAACCUGAAUACCGAGAACUGGCUCUACCUGUGGGUCUACCUGGUCUUCUUUAAUGGAGUGUGGGUUGUGGUGCCCGGACUCUUGCUCUACCAGUCAUGGAAGGAUCUACAGAAAUCCCAUCAAUAUAUGAAGAAGAAUAAGAAGAAGUAGAUAUGCAGGUUUUGUUUACAAAGAAACAGAGAGGGACAGAACAGUGACCUUGAGCAGAUUGAGAUACACGAUUCAUAUUGUUUUUGUUUGUGAUUUUGUCAGGUAAUAAAGCUCUUCAUCAAUUGUAAGUGCACCACAUAGUGAUUUUCUGCCCUAAUUACUCAGCUCUAACAGCUGAUGGAUUAUUUGAUGGUUCAGUUAAUGGAUCUUAACAAUUGUGGAUUUUUGUUUUUUUAUUUUUUUUGGUAAAAUAAUGGCACAGAUUUGUUGCACAGCAUGAACUCAUUAUAAGCUGAGUUAAAUUUUAAUAACUAGUAAUGGUUGCUUCGGUAAACAAAGGACAAAACGCAUGACUAAGUGAAUGACCAGGUAUACCUGAAACACACCCAAGUUACAUCUACCUCAGAAACACACAACACAGCAACAUGGCAACACUAUGAAGGAAAUGAUUUUGUUAUAUUAUGAUCUUUGUACUGCUACAGUCAAGCAUAAUGUAGUUAGUAGAAUGCAUUAAUUUGUGUGUUUCAGUUCAUCUUAAGCUGUUCAUAUAAAUAAAUCCGACAUUGCUUUA